AUGAAGAUGCUUACGAAAUUCGAAUCGAAGUCCACCAGGGCAAAGGGGUUGGCAUUCCACCCAUCGAGACCAUGGGUUCUGGUGGCGCUUUUCUCGUCAUCCAUUCAACUGUGGGACUACCGGAUGGGGACUCUGUUGCACAAGUUCGAGGACCACGAAGGUCCUGUCAGAGGAAUUGAUUUCCAUCCCACGCAGCCGCUUUUCGUGUCUGCUGGUGACGACUACACAAUCAAAGUAUGGUCACUGGACACCAAGAAAUGCCUGUUUACCUUGAAUGGCCACUUGGACUACGUCAGGACCGUCUUUUUCCAUCGCGAGCUGCCAUGGAUAAUUUCUGCCUCGGACGAUAAUACCAUCCGUAUCUGGAACUGGCAAAACCGUAAAGAAAUUGCGUGUUUAGCCGGCCACAGUCAUUUCGUGAUGUGCGCCGAUUUCCAUCCUAAAGAAGAUUUGGUUGUUUCUGCAUCGCUUGACGAAACGGUAAGAGUUUGGGACAUUUCCGGCUUGCGUAAAAGACAUUCGGCACCUAGCUCGUUCUCUCUAGAAGAACAAAUGAUUUCGCAACAGAAUCUGCUCGAGGGCGGCUUUGGGGACUGUGUGGUGAAGUUCAUUCUCGAAGGUCACUCUCGUGGUGUCAACUGGGCAAGUUUUCACCCAACGUUGCCAUUGAUCGUGUCUGGUGGCGAUGAUCGUCAGGUCAAGCUCUGGAGAAUGAGCUCUACCAAAGCCUGGGAGGUUGACACUUGCAGAGGUCAUACCAACAACGUCGAUAGUGUAAUCUUUCACCCACAUCAAAAUCUCAUCAUCUCGGUUGGUGAGGACAAAACUAUUCGCGUUUGGGAUCUUGACAAAAGAACACCUGUCAAACAGUUCAAAAGAGAGCACGACCGGUUCUGGCUUGCUAGGGCUCAUCCUAACAUUAACCUCUUCGGUGCUGCGCACGACUCAGGGAUCAUGGUUUUCAAACUGGACCGGGAAAGACCUUGUAGUGUGAUUAACCAGAAUCAAUUGAUCUUUGUUAACAAAGAAAAGCAGGUUCAAACCUUCGACUACCAGAAAAAAAUUUCCUCUUUGCCAUACGCAUCUUUGAAGAAGAUUGGCCACACUUGGAAUGCGUUCAAAAGCAUAUCCUACAGCCCAUCCCAGCACUCGGUCUUGGUCAACUGUUCGGACAAUCAAAGCGAAAAGUUUGCUCUUUGCGUUUUGCCUAAGAAGGCCACGGGUGCUGUGGAGCCAACUUCUGUUCUAGAAGAUACUGGAUCUUUCCCAACCUUCGUUGCUCGCAAUAGAUUUGUCGUUUACAACAGUUCUAGUUCAUCUUUGGAAGUCCGCGGCUUGGAUAACAAGAUUACAAAAACCAUCAAAAUUGAUAAUGACAGUACCGUGAAAGAUCUUGUUUAUGCGGGUCCUGGCUCUGUGCUUAUAUUGAAGUCAAAAUCAGUAGUGGUGUUUGAUGUUCAGCAGACUAGAAAGGUGGCUGAGGUUACUCUUAAGAAUGUGAAGUAUGUGAGCUGGUCUCUCGACGGUCAAUAUAUUGCCCUUAUGAGCAAGCACACAAUAACAAUUGUGACAAAAAACCUCGAGGUUAUCACAUCAAUGCAUGAAACCAUUCGCAUCAAGAGUGCAGCGUGGGAUGAAAGUGGCGUUUUGAUCUAUUCGACAUUAAACCACAUCAAAUACACUCUCCUCAAUGGAGACAACGGGAUUAUCAAAACUCUCGACAAUACCCUCUACAUCAAUAAAGUUCAGGGAAAGCUCGUGUAUGCUUUGAACCGUGAAGGCGAAGUGGAGAUUAUCACGAUUGAUCCUACCGAAUACCGGUUCAAAAAGGCUCUUGUCAAUAAAAACUUCCCGGAAGUGUUGCGCAUAAUUCAAAAUUCCAACUUGGUUGGCCAGAAUAUCAUUUCUUACUUACAGAAAGCUGGCUUCCCUGAUAUUGCACUUCAAUUCGUACAGGACCCACAAACAAGAUUCGACCUCGCCCUUGAAUCUGGCGAUUUGAACAUUGCUCAAGAAGAGGCUCAAAAACUCAACACCAGUAUUACCUGGGAGCAGCUUGGUCAAGCUGCCUUGAAUCAAGGUAAACUUGAACUCGUAGAACAAGUUUAUCAAAAUCAGAAGAGCUUUGACAAGCUCUCGUUUCUAUACUUGAUAUCGGGUGACCUAACCAAGCUAUCUAAGAUGGAAAGCAUUGCUGAACACAGAGGAGAUAUUUCAAGUGUCAUCCUCAACACCGUCUACAACAAAUUCAAUGAAAAGAGAGGGCAGGUUUUUGCCGAAGCCGGUUCAUUACCGCUAGCCUACGCUAUAGCCAAGGCAAACAACCAGGACGAUAAAGCUGCUCAAAUCCUGGAGACCGCAGGUGUCAGCGAAGAGGACGUGACUCUUCCAGACCAAUUCACUUCGACAACUCACUACAAAUCCCCAGUGAUAUCAGAACCAAUAAAGGAAUGGCCUUUGGAGAAAGCCGAACCUUCGUUUUUCGAAAAAGCUCUUGCCGGUGGAAUGGAAGACCUGACUGUACAGGACGAAGCUUUGGUCGAAGACAUUCAGUCCAACGGCAAUGCAUUUGCAGCCGAACAAGGUGCUUUCUCGGACGAGGAAGUGGUUGCAGAAGAUGAUGGAGGUUGGGAUAUAGAUGGAGAAGAGCUCGAGCUUGAGAUUGAGGAGCCAGAAAACGAGACUAAGGAGCAGCAAGCUAUUGUUGCCCCAAGUGACGAAAACGAGAUCACGCAAUGGACAAAGAACUCCAAACUGCCAUACGUGUUAAUCGCUGCCGGUGCAUUUGAAGCUGCAGCGCAGGCGUUGAACAAACAGGCAGGCUUGGUCAAUUUUGAGCCGCUAAGACCUCGCUUCCAUGAGAUUUACGAGAGUUGCAGAACGUACAUGUCUGCGACACCCACUGAUCUUCCAAGCAUCACGGGUCUGAUUCGCUCGAACAGUGAGGUGAAUGCGGCCCAGAGCCUGCUGCCGUAUAUUGCCGGAAGUGAGGUGGUAACGAGCAAGAUGAAUGAAGGCUUCAAGCUUUUCAAAACCAACAAACUGGAGCUGGCUAAGGAGGCGUUCCGCGAUGUUAUUUAUACCAUCACAUUGCUAGCCGUGGACAACCAAGAAGAUGAAACUCUUGCGUUCAAGACUUUGAACAAGGCGCGUGAAUACAUUCUCGGCAUAUCUAUAGAACUGGCAAGACGUUCGCUGCCAGCUGACGACAUCAAACGCAAUCUUGAGCUAGCGUCUUACUUCACAAAGGCCAAGCUGCUACCGCAACAUAAAAGUACCGCUCUGCAAGUUGCAAUGUCGCAGUCUUUUAAGCACAAAAACUUCAUCCAGGCUUCCUACUUCGCGGGCGAAUUCCUCAACAUUGUGUCAACGGGUCCCCGUGCCGACCAAGCGCAGAAGGUGAAGGACAGGGCGGACCUAAUGGCGAAUGAUGCUAUCGAGGUUAAUUUCGAUCCUUACGCCGACUUUAGCAUUUGUGCUUCCACUUUCACGCCCAUCUACAAAGACACCCCAGUUGUGACUGAUCCUUUGACUGGUGCCAAAUACCAUUCCUCUGAAAAGGGUAAGUUGGAUGUUAUAGCCUCCGUAUCCAAGAUUGGCAAUCCAGCCUCUGGUCUCAGAAUACUACUUACAUAG